AUGAAACUCUUUCUUCUCGGUCUUGCCUUGCUCGGAUCGAAAGUCGCCGCCGGUGGUUUCAGUCGGAAAGCCCAAGAUGCCAUUGUGGACAUUCACAACAAGUUGCGCUCAAAACUUGCACUUGGUAUCUACAAAGCAAAAGGAUCCAAAAUGCCACCUGCCAUGGACAUGUUAGAAAUGUCUUGGGAUGACACUAUUGCUCGGUCAGCUCAGGAAUUUGCCGAUACUUGUCCAAUGAGCCACAGGGAGAACUACAAAAAUAAGUACGGAGAGAACAUCUAUCGAGCGUUUUCAUCUGCGGAAGUUAAAGAAGAUCUUGGCGAAUAUGGACUCAUCGCUUCCAAAAAGUGGGAAGCGGAGUUCAACAAGUUUGGAUGGGAAUCCAGAACCUAUGGCAGUCAGAAAACAAAGAUCGGGCCUGCUACCCAAAUGGCAUGGUCAAAGUCCAACAAAAUUGGGUGCGGAGUAAAAAAUUGUGGGCCAGACCCAAAGAAAAAGGGAUUGAAUAAGGUUGUUGUAGUUUGCAAUUACCAGAAGAAGGGAAAUGUGAAAGGUUUGGAAGUCUACAAAGAAGGAAAAACAUGCUCUUCGUGCCCAUCUAACACGUCAUGCGACAAAGAUUCUGGGCUCUGUGUCUAA